AUGAGUGACGAUUUAUCGAACCAAAUUGGCAAAAUCAAAUUAGAAGAUGAGAUAAAAAAGGAGCCGACUGAAUACGAAAAUGAUUCAGGAAAAUCCAGGUAUAUUAUGAAGUGCUCCAAUAAUUCUGAAUCAUUUUUUCUAGCUCAAAUCAAGUGAAAAAUGAGAUCAAAGAAGAGCAAAUUGAAGCAGGAGAUGAAACUAAUUCACAAAAAUUGAAGUAAAUAAUGAGCCCCUUUUCUUAUAAUUUUCAAUUUUUGCAGUUUGCCCCAACUAACUGGUAGAUGUAGAUGUGGACGUAUAAUCAUAGCAGAUUGGGACAAACAAACUAUCGAAACAGCUAAGAAGGUUGAUCAUAGAUACGAAAACUCAAAAUAAUGUUGUAUUUUAGAACUACACUGGAUUGAUGAAAGAACUAGUUGAAACUGAAAGAAAAAUAUUGAAGGAGAGAGAAGAUGAGCUUGAAUGUAUCAAAAAAAUGAUUGAAGAACAGGUGAGGAGUAUAUAGUUUUUGAUUAUCAGACAUCAUUCACUUAUUGUCAGGAUUAUAACCUACUGACUGUUAUUCUAACCAAACAUGAAGCGAAAUUGACUGAUGAGGAAAAAACUGCUGUCGUAAAAAUAAAGAAGCAAAUCGGUGAAGAGGUUAGAUAAUAUAUUUGAAUGUAUAUACAUUCGAUUAAAUAUGUUGAGAUAAUUAUUUACAGAGAUAUAAUAAGCUAACAAACCAUUAUGAUUUAUUAUCGAAAGAUCAACUUAAAGGUUUAAAAGAAAUGAAUGAAGAGAUCAAGACAAAGGUUUGAUAGAAUAAAUUAAGAUUCGCAUAAUUAUAUUGACAUAUUUCAGGAUUAUGAACGAUUGGUCAAUAUUGUAGUCAAUAAUGGAAUGAGUUUAACAGAUGGCGAGAAAAAAACUGUGGGAAAUUUGAAAGAGGCAAUCGGUGAAGAGGUUAGAUACAUUGUUUAGAACGAUUUCUAAUGUCUAAAUAUAUUUUAAGAAUUAUGACAAGCUAAGAGACAAUUAUUCAAUGAUUUCGGAAGAGGAACUUCUCAAUUCAGUUAAUAUAAAUGAGAAAAACAAUAAAAAGGUUUGAAACAAAAAAUAGAAUUAAUUUCUUAAAGCAUUAUUCAGGAAUAUUCGUUAAUCCAAUCUUUGUUCAAAAUUUUGAAGAAGAUUAAAGAUGAAAAAGACAAAAUUAAGAAAUCGAUUUUAAAAAUUUUCAGAAUUAUGAACAACUGGUGAAAGAAUCGGAAGAGAAUGAUGGUAGUUUGCCUAAUGAUCGAUUACAAUGGUGGAUUGAAUUGUUCAAGAAAAAAUAUCCAAACAAUCGUCAUUGUUAUUUGAUUUUAUACCCGACAAGAGAAGAUAUGUUUGAAAAUACUUCGAAUCUAGGAUUUGAAGAAUUUUGCGAUUCAAUCCUAGCGGUUUUCAAAGGAACAAAAACCAAGAAUUGUGAUAGACUGGACGUAAGAAUGUUCGAAAUUCGCAACGCAUCGCCGCCGGUGAGAAAAUUGUGUGCCUUGAAAUUGUAUCAAUAUACAAAUUUCAGAAAAGUGAGCUAGAAAAGAAAGUACACAAAUUGUGGAAUUCUGGGAAAAGCGUACCCGUUCAUAAAAUCAAACAAGAUAUAUCGGAAGGUGAAGCAUUGCUUCGUAAGAAAUGUGUUUUGGAUGUUUUGUUAUUAGAAGACACCGCUAACAAAAAGGUACGUUAAUUCGUAAAAUAACAGAAAGUAAAAUACAUUAUUUUUUAUAGGAAGCAAAUUCAGUUGGAAAAAUCGACAAAUCGGAAGUCGAAAGAAUUGGAGCAUAUAAGAUCUAG